UCUAAUGCCACAGUGCUGCUCUCACUGUCAUCAUCUCACGGUGGAGUGGAAAUAAACACUGUGUCUGUUUAAUUCAGUUGAGUUGUCAGGGCCGCUUCAUUACGUGGCGCAGCAGGUAGCAGCUGCCAAAGGCUUCUAAUCCUCUGGUGUGGAAAGGAUCAGGGAGAAGGUGGCGUGUCCUCUCGGCGAGAGCACAGGACACGUUGGACAGGUACCUGACUCUGGGAUCCUAAUCUCCAUCUGUAAUGAGGCGUGGGGCCCAUGUCAAGCAUUUGAAAACUCAGCUUCGGGUGACAGCAGCAAAAGUGAUGGAAUACACAUUUGGACGUGUUCACGCAGAAGGACAGAUCUGGAUUCAUGGCAACAUGUAUGCGCCUCUCUCAGAGAGAGCGUGAUGGGAUUUUGGCUUCUGUAGGAACUUGCUCGCAGCAACACAGCUUUUCCACGCAUUUAUGAAUCAUUACAGAGGAAUCUGUUGGAUAAACAUCUGUUUGAAGCUGUUUUUCGAAGUGAUUACUUCUCUCGGAGUUGUGUAUAUGAAGGAUGUAAGACAAGAACCUGCACAGUAAACAUUCAAAGAACCGCCCAUGAACAGCUGCUUUUGUAAACAGGUGAACGAGCGCUUUCAAAAUCUUCAUAUAUGUGUGUAUUUUUUAUGAGUAAUAGUUUGCAGGUGUUUUGAGUGACAGAUGGUUGGCAUAUCCUUGAAUUACUGGUUUUUGUGUGGAAGUAAUGUUGGCUGGGAGAGCAGCUAAUGGGUUUCUAUUCGCAGAGCUCAUUAUUUGAGGCUGGUUACUCAUCACUGUACAGAUUGGGAGGACAUCCUUCUAUAUUUACUUCUUUUUUCCCCCCUCUCAAUUUAUGCAAAUGAGAAAGUCGAAUAUAACGACUCAUAACUAAAAAAAAAGGGAUUUUUACAGGACAUUGGCUUACAUAUCGACCCAAACACCCUUGUUUAAGGCUGCUUACAGCACAGAUUGUGAAGACAUUUUCUUCCUUUUUUUUCCCAUUUUGGUUUAAUAGCUUAAAGCAGCAUGAGGAUAUUCAGAUAUUUUUUUACACCCUCGGCAUCCCUGGAUUUCUAGAGGAUCCCGUAACUGAGGAAUGCAGUGCGUAUCCUGGACGAGCUCACAAUUUUUCCAAAACACUGCGCAGGAUUCAUCCAUGUUACAUAAAGAGAGAAACUAAAACACUCUUCUAAAGAGAAAGGGCUGGAAUAUUGAUCAAUGCCAUUUUUACACAGAGGUCAGCUGAACAGGCACGCUGUGGAGUCUGGAUAAGCCGGGCAGACGGGGCCCAAUGCUUCUCCUCAUUCUAAAAUGAAGUUAUGGAAGUUUGCUGCCAUCGGCCUGAUUCUCUGUGGUGCUGCACUGCCCCUGCUUGUCAUUAAAACCACUUCCUCUUCCAGAGCCCCGCCCCCUCCUCCCCACCGCAGAGCUUCAUCCUCAUCGUUUUCACCACCAUCAUCUUCGGUACACACCAGCAAUCCGUCACCUUCCAGUGGGGUUGGUGGGCGGCAACGGAGGGUCAGAUCAGCUGACGGAGGAAACUCUUUCGUCUCAGAAUUCAUGGAGAUGUUCCAGAGCUUUACGGAGGGCGAGCUUAAGCAGGUCAUUGGGACACUGGUGGAAAGGAAAGCCCGUAGAGAUGCCCAGCAGAGCAAAAGGACUAAACGGGCUAAAAAGAGAGCGAAACCCUGCUCGCUGCGGGAGGUGGAGGUGACGGUCAGUCAACUGGGGUUAGGCUACGUCAGUGACGAGACCAUAGUCUUCCAUUACUGCAGCGGGAAGUGCACCAAUAGCCGCAAAAACUAUGACCUGACGCUGGCGUUCAUGAAGCGCUCGCGCCUGCUCACAAAGGACCAGAAGGACAAGGCUCGUCACAGCCCCUGCUGUCGGCCCACCGCAUACGAGGAGGACAUCUCCUUCCUCGACAACUUCAAUCAAUACCACACAAUCCGAGAGUUUUCGGCCCAAGCGUGUGGAUGCGUCUGACUUUGAGAGUCCUCAAAACAUUUAGGAACCAUCAAUCAAUUGAAAAAAUGAAAAAUAUAGACCCCUAAUUCUGAAAAGAACAUCUUGGUUGGGGCUAAAACCAUACGAGAGCAUAAGUCUUGCUUGCCUUUACGAAAAAUACUUGGCUGAAAGAUUACCCUCAGAAACUGCUGCCAGUCCUGAUGAAGAGAAACAGAAAACGCAUCAUGCAAACAGUAAUUAUUCCCAUGUUAAGUCAUUGCUAAUGAGAUGCUGCUGUAUGUCUUGUUUAUAUUGCCUUCGUGGGUCUAUUUCAAAUAGCUUGAAAUGCUGAGUGAAGGUUGAGCUCAGAGUUGAAAUGCAGAACACCUCUAGAAAAUGAAUCUGAAUUCGGUAAACAAAGCUAAAUACACAAAGGCACACCCAACGCUGAACAAAACUUCCUCACUGUGCUGAAAAAGGGAAAAGAACUGACAUGUACAGUAAAUUAUCGCAACUAUUCAACAGAGUCUAGUAUUUCAGAGUUAAAACAUUCAGAACAUCAAGUUCAUAUACUAAACAUCUACCUCAGCUUUGAUAGUCAACAUGGCUCUGUAAAAGGAAAUUGGGAAACAUGCACUUUAAGGAGUAGUUCACUUUUGAAAAAACUUUUGCUGAUAAUUUGCUCGCCCCCAUGUCA